AUGCCUGGGCUCUUAAGAGAUGUCCUCUGUAUAAUCGAGACAUUUCACAAGUAUGCCAGAGAGGAUGGCGACAGGGCAACGUUGACCCACGGAGAGUUGAAACAGCUCCUCCAGAGCGAGUUUGGGGACUUUCUUCAGCCACAUGUCAUUCAUGCUGUGCAGAGAAAAUUGAACCUUCUGGGUGUUGACAGUGCCAGCACCAUUCAUUUUGAUGAAUUUGUUCUGGCGAUAUUCAACUUGCUGAAUUUCUGCUAUUUUGACAUACAAUCUCUACUGACUUCAGAACCAAGACAGGAAAAGACUGUGAAACGACAUCACAGUAAGAACCCAGAGACUCAGCAGCAGGAAGCACCAGGUGAGAACAACAGAGCCCAGGAGGCAGUGGAGUCAUCAGUAGGAGAAGGUGUGCAGCUCCCAGAAGGACAGGAACAACCAGCCAAAGGAGAAUGCAAGAGGCAAGGCUCAGUGCUCAAAGAUCCAGCUCCCUGCAAAGGAAAACAGUAG